AGGUUGAGAUUGUUCCGGGUCACACAGUAAGUAUCUGGGGCAGAAUUCGAAUUCAGGCCUUCUUGAUUCCAAGUUCAGCCUUCUUUGUAUAUUCACUGCUUCGCCUGCUGCCUAUGAAAAUUAUGGAUUUUUUGACACCUUAUAUCACCUAGUUUCCCAUCCUGGGGCCAAGCCAGCAUUACUCUCAGCCCCGAGCCGUGUGUCCCCACCCUGAAAUGUAUUAUAGGCUGUGGAGGAAGCGCCCAGCGUCCGGGAUGGGCAUCCUCCUGGGGGUGGGGGUGGGGCGAGCUCGCGCGCCGGGCACCUGGACCAGCCCGCCAGGGCCCGAGCCUGCAGCCGCAGCUUCUGACUUGCACAUCCCUGCAAGAAAGGCUUGGAAUAUCCCUGAGAAUCCUCGGCCUAGGAAGGAGUGAAGUUCGGCCGGCAUUUGGCCGGCAGGCGGCGCCGUGGCUCUCACAGCGCUGGACGAGAGCCCGGUAGAGAUGAGACUGGAGCUAGCGUCCCCAGAGCUUCGGAAGAAAGCGAAAGCCGGCCCGACUGGACCCGGAGGCGGAACGAACCAAGAUUGGGAGGGGCGGGGGGGAGAACGAGAGGAAGGGCGGAGCCACGUUGCGAGGGCCGCCCAGCCUCGCGCUUCCCCCCCUCGCCCGGCUUCCGCGGGUGGUUUCUCCCAUGCGCCGCAUUCGCUCAGUAUAUCUCUCUCAGCCGGUUUCUCUCCCGGUCCCCAGGCCGCGGGGGGGCCCUCGCAGCCGGCGCGCGCUCGUUCUCUCGCUGCCCGCCAGGCCUCCGAUCCGUCCUCGCCUGCUGCCGCCGCCGGGAUGCUGUGGCUGCUGGUGGCGCUGGGGCUGGCGGCCGCCUACUUCUCUCUGCUGGACGGCUGGUACCUGGUGCGCGUGCCGUUAGCUGUGCUGCGCGCCCGCCUGCUGCAGCCGCCCGUGCGCGACCUGCUGGCGGAACAGAGCUACGCGGGCCGCGUGCUCCCUUCCGACCUGGACCUGCUGCUGCACAUGAAUAAUGCGCGCUAUCUGCGCGAGGCGGACGUGGCGCGCGCCGCGCACCUGGCACGCUGCGGGGUGCUCGGGGCCCUGCGCGCGCUCGGGGCGCACGCGGUGCUGGCCGCCUCCUGCGCGCGCUACCGCCGCUCGCUGCGCCUGCUGGAGCCCUUCGAGGUGCGCACCCGCCUGCUCGGCUGGGACGGCCGAGCCUUCUACCUAGAGUCCCGCUUCAUCAGCGGCCGGGACGGCUUCGUGUGCGCGCUGCUUCUCUUCCGCCAGCACGUGCUGGGCACCACGCCCGACCAGGUGGUGCAGUACCUGUGCAAGAGGCGGGUGGAGUCACCUGAGCUCCCGGAGGAUCUCCAGCACUGGAUUAACUACAACGAAGCCAGCAGCCAGAAACUCCGGGCAGAAUCUGGCCUCAGCAGCACCAAGGAUCAGUAGCAGGCUGGCCCCUGCCCUCCCCUGGUCCCUUUCCUUGAGGAAGGAAUACCUGGGUCCCUGUCACUUAUUAAUUUAUUUUCUACACGUUUGCACUUGUCCACUGGGGCUGGGGAUUCUCAGGGAAGGGAUGGGGGGAGGGCAGGGAGACUUCUGUCAGACCCCCUACCUGGGCAGGGCCAGAUUUGGGUGAACUGAGGAGAAAGAAAGGGUCAGGCAGGGGCUAUCAUUCCCAUUUUACAGAAAUGGAAACUAAGGCUCAGAAGCAACUUGAACAGUUUUGUAGCAAGUCAUUAGCAAAGCCACUGGCCCUGCACCUCUCGAUUCCCAGCCCUGGGCUCUUUCUGUUACUCUUGUCUAUGCCUUCUUUCCUUGAUCUCACUAUUGAUGCCUCCUGUGGGGCUCUUAAUUCUUGAAGUGACAACUUAUCUGGAAAGCCCUCUCACUGACUUGGGGUGGUGGAAGAGCCUCAGGUUCGAAUCCCAGCUCUUUCAUGAUCUCCCUGUAUGAUCUAAGAAAGUUCUUUCUUCUGUCUGGCCUCUGUCUCCUUUUUCUUAGGAUUCAGAGAAUUUGGGGCAGGAACAGACAUUGGAGAUAGUCCAGCUCAACCAGCCUUAAAGAGGGGGAAACAGAAACCCGAGAAGGGAAAUGACUCCUAUAAAGGUUGCGCAGGGAGUGAGUAAUGGAGCAAGACUUGGUGCCCCUUCAGUUUAUACUACGCUGAGAGGGUCAAGUUGGAAGGACCUCCAAGGCCAGUUCCCACCUCAAACACCCAUGAAGUUGACUUUUCCAACAAGACAGGAGUCUUUUUAUACUCUAGCCUAAGCGGGAGUCCAGAACUCUGUGGGCUUCCCUGUGAGGAGCAGGGAAAGAAGUGAGAUUGGUGGCCACCCACCUCACCCUGCCCUGCCCAGCUUUCUCCUUCUCCGUCCCUCAGACACCUGAAUGUAGUGACCAGGUCUCUCUCCCACACAGGUUCCCCUCCAAUAAGCACUUUAUGGAUGAGACUGUAUUUAAUCCAUCAUUCUAGAUCUGUGUCAAGACCUGUACAUUUCUGUCCCACGUAUACCCCCUCUUCCUCCCAAGGAGCUGAUGCUGGCAUGUGGUCAGCUAAAACUGGGAGAGGGCAGGCUCAGGUGAGGGAAGCCCUGCAACUAGGAAGUCAGCAGGGCCAGGGUCUUGCUUUUCCAGCAGAAAGAGGGGACCUCAGGGCCCAAGAGGAAUUGUCUGGGCUUCUGCUGUUCAGGCUUACCCUCCACCACUGCAACCUCUGCUUGCCUUGUGGCUGCCCCGACAGGUGCCCCAGGUACUGCAAGUCCCCAGCUCUCUCCUGUGGCUGCCCAACAAGUGCCCCAGGGACUGCAAGUCCCCUAGCUCUCUUUCUCCUCCGUUUCCCCAGCCAUUCUCAUCCCCCAUCUCAGAAAAGCUGCAAUCUUUUUGUUUUAUUUAAGAGAGAGAGAUAUUAAAAGAUUUUAAAACAAAA